GCUAUGAUAGUACUGCUUGGGGACGAGAUUGCGCUGCAAAUCAUGGCGGCCUCCGGAGUGAAGCGUAAACUUGUCGACAUUCCUGAUGAUUUUUCAGACAGUGAUGAUGAAAUUGCUCCUGUGAAGGAUCCCAAGAUUGACAAGAGUAGAAGCUGUCCAUACUUGGACACAAUUAACAGGAGUUUACUGGAUUUUGACUUUGAGAAGCUCUGCUCAGUCUCUCUGUCACACCUCAAUGUCUAUGCAUGCCUAGUGUGCGGGAAGUACUUCCAAGGGCGGGGCCGCAAGUCCCACGCCUACACCCACAGCGUCCAAAUCAACCACCAUGUGUUUCUCAACCUGCACACCCUCAAGUUUUACUGCUUGCCCGACAACUACGAAAUCAUUGACUCCUCACUGGAGGAUAUCACCUAUGUACUGAAGCCAACAUUCACAAAGGAGCACAUUCAGAGUCUUGAUAGCAACACCAAACUCUCCAGAGCCUAUGACAAAACCACCUACCUACCUGGCAUCGUGGGGCUGAACAACAUCAAAGCCAACGACUACUGCAAUGUACUUCUUCACGCCCUGGCACACAUCGUCCCUCUCCGGAACUACUUCCUGGAGGAGAAAAACUACAUCGACAUCAAGCUGCCGCCCGGCGACAUCAUGUGCCUCCUGUCCCAGCGCUUCGGCGAGCUGAUGCGCAAGAUGUGGAACCCCAGGAACUUCAAAGCCCACGUCAGCCCCCACGAGAUGCUGCAGUCGGUGGUCCUGUGCAGCAAGAAGAGAUUCCAGAUCACUCAGCAGGGUGACCCAGUGGAGUUCCUGUCCUGGUUUCUCAAUGCUCUGCACGCGUCGCUGGGCGGAACCAAAAAAGCCAAGAGCAGCAUCGUGUAUACCACAUUCCAAGGAAGAAUGAAGGUCUUCACCAGGAAGGUCAUACCCAUGGAUGUACCGGACAAGGAAAAGGAAGCGCUGUUGAAAACCGAGGAGUACAAAGAGACGGUCUCAGAGACGCCCUUCCUAUACCUGACUCUGGACAUCCCCCAGGCGCCGCUCUUCAAGGACGAGUUUGAGCAGAACAUCAUUCCCCAGAUCCCAUUGUCUUCGCUCCUGGCCAAGUUUGAUGGCGCGACGGAAAAGGAGUACAAGACCUACAAAGAUUCCACCAUCAAGCGAUUCCAUCUGACCAGACUACCUCCGUACCUCAUACUUUGCAUGAAACGCUUCAACAAAAACCUAUUCUUCACUGAGAAGAACAGGACAAUUGUCAACUUUCCUGUCAAGAACAUGGAUUUCACAGAGUACCUGUCAGAUGAUCCUGAGGUCCGCCGGCAGAACCCAUCGACCACCUACGACCUUAUCGCCAACAUUGUGCACGAAGGCGAGCCGGGCUCGGGAAAAGGAAUCUACAAGGUGCACGUUUUGCACAAAAGCACCAGCAAAUGGCACGAGAUUCAGGACUUGCACGUAGCCGACAUCCUGCCACAAAUGAUCACCCUCUCAGAAGCUUACAUCCAGAUCUGGGAGAGAAGGGACAAGAGGAGCGAGGAUUCUGGAGAGCAAAAGAAAAGUGAACAGCAGAGGGCGCCAGAGACAUAGCACAGCAACGAUAUUGGCUGGUCCCU